CGAGUUUGCGAGGCUCAAGGACCUGAGGGAGAAGGGGGCGGGCGAGUUCUGCAAGGUGUGCGAGGGGAGCCUCGAUGUCGAUGGGACGGGGUUGCGCCGAGUCGCCGUUAAGAUGCUCAAGCCAAAGUACGAGGCGUCGGUGGUGCCACUCGGCGACCUUCGGCGGGAGAUCUCGCUCCUGUCUCAGAUGUCGCACCCGCACAUCGUCGGCUUCGUCGCCCACGGAGGCGCUGCCAUGGAAGACGUCCAAGGCCGCCCGCGAGUGGCCGGUCUCGCGCGGCGUCGCCGUCGGCCUGCAGCUCGCGCGCGCCCUCCGCUACUGCCACGACGAGUUUAUGCCCGGCUACCGGCUGCUGCACCGCGACAUCAAGCCGGACAACAUCGGCUGCUUUGCGGACGGCCGCAUCGUGCUCGCCGACUUUGGGCUGUGCAAGCUGUGGAAGGUUGACUCUGCCGCGAGCGACGACGAGCGGCGCAAGCUCACCGGCCUCACCGGCUCGCUGCGCUACAUGGCGCCAGAGGUUGCGCUUCAGGAGCCGUACAACCACAAGGCGGAGGUCUUCUCCUUCACCUCUCUGCUCUACCACUUUCUGUCGCACCAGAAGCCGUUCAGCUGGAUGACUCCCGACACGUUCCUCGCUGAUGCGUGCCGCAACGGCAAGCGGCCGCUGCUCAGCGGCAAAUGGCCCGGCGACGUACAGGCGCUGAUGGCAGCGGGCUGGAGCAGCGAUAGCAGGGCGCGACCUGAGUUUGCGAAGGUCGUCGUGGCGCUGGAGGAGGCGAUUGGCCGCCCGCAGAGCCUGGCAGAGGUGCUGGAGCGGUCCAAGGCCCCGUCUUCGCGCAGUAGUGCGCAAUGAGCCGGAGACGGGCGUGUGUGCCCCUCGGGAGUCGGGGCAUUCGCCUUGUCGGCGCCUCUGCACUGUCUCGCACACAUACGAGCUCGAUUGGUCGAGCGCGUCGGUGCACCGAGCGCCCACCGCAAUUUUUGUUUCGGCUGUCAGAUCGUGAUGUUCUGACCUCUGCAUGCCAUGACUCAUGUUCUCUGUCCGCCCUCCUGUCUUGCUAGCUGUGUGUCUUCGUGUCUAGAUAGAGUUGUGGAUGUUUUCUCGAUGUUCUGGCUAGUAAAU